AUGUGCCCGAUUUUAAUCCUGGUCCUAAUUUCCCAAACGUUAUUACUUCCUGCAUGUGGGAAGCCGCACGACGCCGAUUUCGACUGGGAACAAGGCCUCAACUCUGUCGAUAGUGGUGAUAACCUGGACGGUUUCGACGAGGAAGAUCUGUCCGAAUUUUGCACGAUUAAUAAGAAACCUUACGGGAGAAGCUUAUCUAAACCGCAAGAUGUCGAAUUAAUCCACUUGCUCACGAAUGAUUUUGUCGCUACCGGAACAAGAGGCGGGGCAAAAACUAAAGAGGAUAAAAUCGUCGACGAUGCAUUAGCCGGAUGCCCAACGACCGAAAAAACUACACCUUUCAUAGAUAUGGAUCCCGGUUUCAGAAGCGUUUCUAGAAAAAUCGUUAACGCAUUGGCGGCCCAAAAAACUAGGAAGGACGUGGAAAAGUUGGCCGCCGCUUUCAAAGCUGAUCCUCGCGUGAAUUAUCACCUCUUUUGGAACAGUUUUAUGAAAGCGAUACAAGUUCGAGACGACUUUAGAGGGGCUGAGUUGCCAUUGGGAGUGGAGUUUCAACCGGAAAUGUUCAUCCCCUCGGAAGUUAUGACGCAAAUAACGUCCACCAAAGAUGACAGUGAUAAGGAAGUAUUUCUUAUCGACGAAUCCCUCGGGAAACGAAAUGGCAAAGAAAAUCUGUUGUUCUAUUUCCGCGAAGAUAUCGGAUUGAACUCACAUCAUCAAUAUUGGCACUUAUCCCACGCGUUCGACUCGAAACGAAAAUGUACCCCGAAGGACAAGAACGUGUACAAUUGUCAUGAGGACAGACGGGGAGAGUUGUUUUGGCUUAUGCAUAAAACAAUACUGUCAAGGUACCACAUGGACCGCUUAGCUGUUUGCCUCCCUGAUUUGGAAGAAUAUCGAUUAACACUUGGCGGCGUUAUUAAUACCGCAUAUUAUCCUGUCGUGAAGUUGAAACCGGACGGAACCACGGUGUGGGGCGAGAGACCGGAAGGGAUGCAAUGGCCGGAGGCAAUUGUGCUUACAAACGACGACGCCAAGCCUGGCGUUUGUAACACAACUACUCUCAAGACGGAAGACCUCGUACGAAAUUUGUACCAUAUUUACGGUGCCAUCAAUGAAGGCAGAUAUGUCGAUACGAAGAAAAAAUCUUUUGCUUUAACCCUCGACGUGUUAGGAAACAUGCACGAAGGGUCGGAUCUAACCCCGAAUUUCGACGUUUAUGGGACCGUGCAUAAUAUGGGACAUUUGUUCAUUGCACAACUAACUAAUAGCAAAGAUACCACUGGAGUUAUGGGGGAUACGUCAACCGCGAUGAGAGACCCAAUGUUUUAUCGGUGGCAUUAUUUUGUGUCAAACAACAUCGACGAAUUUCUCCGCACGCUGCCACCGCAUGAGGCUGACAAGGGAGAAUUUCCCUUUCUCUGGAAGGACGUUAUGGUGGAAUCCGUCGCCAUAGAGGAAGUUAAGAGUUGCCUGACAACAUCAAAUUCGCUCAACACCUUUUUUAAAAAACAACAAGUAAAGAUAACCAUUCCGAGGUUGAACACGACGAAACGGCUCCUCUUCAAGUCUCUGGAUCACAGAGAUUUUAACUACGUCAUCAAAGUCCAAAACAAAGGGAAACAGAAAGUUAAGGGAACAGUGCGAAUAUUUAUUGCACCCGUUCACCGAAUCGGUACCACAGAGUCGAGCCGGAUGUCAUUGUUAGAGCAGAGAAAACAUAUCUUUCCCCUCGAUAUUUAUAACGUUGAUAUAAAACCUGGCAAGCAAACUAUUACGCGAUCGUCACUCGAUUCGACGGUUACGACGGCACGAACAAUCGGUGGCUCCCUCGAUGGCGCGUCCAUCUUUAACUGUAAGGACAACCGAUGUGGGUGUGGCGUUCCGCACAAUCUUCUCAUCCCCAGAGGCCGGGAGGGGUCCGGGAUGCAAUUUGAGGUCAUCGUGCUCAUCACGGACGGGAAAAAGUACGUAUGGGAUUUUGACAAGGAGAAAGAUGAGAAAAUCAGUGGGUGCAAAUUGGCACCCGUUCUUUGCAGCCUGCCCGGUUUUGGGGGGAGAAAGUACCCGGAUUUGACUCUUCCGAUGGGAUAUCCGUUUGACCGAUUGCCUUUCAAAGCGCCAGCGGAUGUUCAGCUCAGCCAUCAACGGCGUGUCGAGACGAUGGAGGACUAUGUCAAGGCGGUGGCAAAUAUGGGCUUGGCGAGGAUAACAAUCACCCAUCAUAACUUAUUUGUCAAACGACAAGACUGGAACAGCAGAGAAAAUGCGCAAGACAUCAAACAAAGGCACCGAACACACAUGUGUCCCAAUUGGGUCAAAAAUUUGUGAGAAUUCUCGAAAUGGGAUUAUCAAAAAUGCAGGGAUUCUAUUUAGUCGUUAUCUUUGUAACAAAUUGUCAAAUAUUUCUAAAUAUGUACAUUAAUUUAGUAUUACUUAUCCGCGUACUUCAUUUUCAUAAUGCUAGGUUACCUAUAAUUUUUAAAUUAAAUAAAUGGACAUGUAGGAGGUUUGAAUAAAUUGUUUUGCAUACAAAUGCUUCAUCCGCAAAUUUAAUUGGUACAUCAAUGCAUCAUAUUCAAAAACCGUAAGUCUGUAUUUUUAAUCAUUGGAAACUUACAUUUAUUUAUUUUUGUGCAGACAUAUUUUUUUAACUCGUAACUUUUAUUGUUUAAGUAAAUAUUUAUUAAAAUAUCACAAUUCAUCAUUUCUCCGAUAAUCGAAUAUUAUUUCAGAAAAAUUGGAAACUAAAAUUUA